CCUAGCAGGGCGGUGCGAGACAGCUGCAGCAGUUGCCGCAGGCGCGCGGGGCCGGGUGGAGCAGUGAGCUGAGAAGGUGGGGUCUGAAGGGCAAGUACUGUAACUAGGUCUGCGGCCGCGAUGCCGACCCUGAAGCUGAAGCCGAAGCAUCGCCCCUUCUGCUUCAGCGUGAAAGGCCACGUGAAGAUGCUUCGACUGGCACUAACUGUGACAUCUAUGACCUUUUUCAUCAUCUCACAAGCCCCCGAACCAUACAUUGUUAUCGCUGGAUUUGAAGUCACCGUUAUUUUCUUUUUCAUAAUUUUAUAUAUGUUCAGACUUGAUCGAAUAAUGAACUGUAUAUUAUGGCCUUUGCUUGAUAUUAUCAACUCAGUGGUAACAGCAAUAUUCAUGAUGACUAUAUCUGUGCUGGCACUGAUCCCAGAAACUACAACAUUUAUGAUCCUUGGAGGGGCGUUUGGACUCCUGGUAGUGGUGUGCAGCAUUGCUGACGCGGCUCUUAUUUACCGGAAGCUUCUAUUUAAUCCGAGUGGUCCUUAUCGGAAAAGUGCUACUCAUGACAAAAUAUAAGUUUUAUGGUUUUAAAUAUAUAUAUAUAUAUAUAUAUUUUUUAAGGCAGUGCUAAGUAUUAAACAUAUGUCUUUAUU